UCUUCCACCAUCAAAUACCUUCAUUAUCAAUUUCUCUUUUCUUCCUUCACAUUUCAUUCUUACUUUGAUCAGUUUCUAAGCUCUCAAUCAUCACCAUGGGUGUCUUCACAUAUGAAACUGAAUUCGCCUCAGUCUGCGCUCCUGCUAGGUUGUACAAUGCUCUUGUUCUUGAUGCUGACAACCUUAUCCCAAAGAUUGCUCCACAAGCAGUUAAAACUGCUGAAAUUCUUGAGGGAGAUGGAGGUGUUGGAACCAUCAAGAAGAUAAGUUUUGGUGAAGGAAGUGAAUACAGCUAUGUGAAGCACAAGGUUGAUGGAAUUGACAAGGAUAACUUUGUCUACAACUACAGUUUGAUUGAAGGAGAUGUCAUUUCUGAUAAGAUUGAGAAGAUCUCUUAUGAGACUAAGUUGGUGGCUUCCGGCAGCGGUUCCAUCAUCAAAAGCACUAGCCACUACCACACCAAUGGAGAUAUUGAGAUUAAGGAAGAGCAUGUUAAGGUUGGGAAAGAAAGGGCCCAUGGUUUGUUCAAGCUCAUUGAGAACUACCUUGUGGCCAACCCUGAUGCCUAUAACUAAAACCAUAGAUCUACAUAUGAUUCUGCAUGCUAAAAGUAGGGAAACAAAUUUUCUGUCCUCUCCUUUUUUUUUUUUCUGUUUAUUCAGCCGUGUGGCUUUCGUUUUUUCUUUUGCUCAUACAAAAGCAGUAUUUAUUUGCAAUAUGGAGUUAUGAUUCAAGUGUAAUAUUGUAUUUGAUUUUAAUCUCAAAAAAUGAAACAACAUUCGAUUA